AUGGGAAACUCCCAGACCAAGGAGUCACGCUCCACAACUCCGUCAAAUCGUCGAAGUCAUCAAUUAUCCUCAGGCAUCUCUGAUGGCUCAAGUCGGCCGUAUCAAGGGUCUCGGCCAGCGAGAGGUAGUAGGCCUGACCUUUCGAUUCUUGGAAUCGGCAGCAGUCAUGAUCGAGAGGUGGCCACGUUAGAGCAUCGGCGAGAGACAAAACAAGAGCGCGAGGCCCGCCGCUUGGAGAAGGAACGGGUGGCUCGUCUCAAAGAGAGGGAGCGCAGUAUGAAGGAGGAGCAUGUCGAUGGAGGCUAUCUCGUCACACAAGGCGUGUAUGUGGGGACAGAAGACUACAAUAAGGUAGUGGUGCGCCAACUGAUGAUUGAACGCCGACUGGCUCCCUUCUGGAGAGGUCUUAAUGACUUCUCGGAGUCCUGGGCUGAGCAUCAGAUCAUGGCGGCUGCACGAGGCAUGCCCAUUCCCUUGCCCGAUGAGAUUCCCCCGACCCUCAAACCCCCUCAGUCAUUACCGUCCGCAUCUCCGAUCGCAUCCGGGACAUCCACCUCCCCUCUUUUCCGAACAAGGGCGAAGACCUUGGCUGCUUUGACCACCUCCAAGCAUAACUCACAAACAGAUCUAACGCCCCGGGAACUGCAGCUUCCCAAGGACCCAUUUGUCAACGGACAGCCCAUCGAAGUCAAUUUGUACAAAGACGCAAGCGAAUGCCCUAUCUGUUUCCUCUACUAUCCGCCGUAUUUAAACCGUACCCGAUGCUGCGAUCAACCUAUUUGCUCCGAGUGUUUUGUGCAGAUCAAGCGUCCGGACCCGCACCCUCCAGAGCAUGGAGAGCCUAAUGCGAAUACUCCUCCGGCCGAAGGAGAGCAGGCUGAGUCGACCGAGUCACAGCUUGUCUCUGAGCCCUCGGCAUGCCCCUUCUGUGUCCAGCCAGAGUUUGGAGUUACCUAUUCACCGCCCUCCUUCCGUCGGGGCCUGAGUUAUACUACAGACCCUAGCGCCCGACUCUCCCCUAACUUCACUUCCCCUGUAUCCUCAACCUCCUCCCUAUCAUCUGCCACUGCAGCCGUGCCAGGUCGCCGCCGCGCGACCUCCCUAUCCGCCAGUGACCCCACAGUAGUGACAACGGAUAGGAUUCGGCCGGACUGGGCUACCAAAUUAUCGAAUGCACGAGCCCACGCGGCACGUCGAUCUGCGGCGGCGACUGCCCUUCAUACCGCGGCGUAUUUAAUCAAUCCUAGUGCAUCUGGGAGUGACUCGCGUGGAUUUGGCAUCGGACGGCGAGGAAUGCGAAGAACCACCGGUGGAGAAGGGACUAGCGGCCGGACCGCUUCACCCGCCCUCAAUGCAUUAGCUUUCUUGACAGAGCGUACCGGUGCUGAUCGGACAUCUCGAGCGGCUGGGCAAGACACCGAUUCUGCAUCUGCCGAAGAAGGCGCGGGUCACCCGGCUGCUCCUCGAUCGAGCUCAAGGCGCAAUCGAAUUGAUGAUCUAGAGGAAAUGAUGAUGAUGGAAGCUAUCCGACUGAGCUUGGCCAGCGAAGACGAGCGCCUUAGGCGGGAGGAGAAAGAGGCAAGAAAGGAGGCCAAAAAGAGGGAGAAGGAGAAGGAGAAAGAGGCCAAGAAGGCGGACAAGGUGGCUCGCAAGAGUGGAUUGUACAGCAAUAAUGCUAGCGCCUCCGCUUUGGAUGUCCCUGGCGAGUCCACUUUUGGUAAGGGGACUAGUAGCUCAUCCUCGGUCAUAGGCGAGGAUAUCAUUGGUGAAGAACUUGCUGCUGGUGGCAAAGGGAAGGGAGUUGACCGUGUCUUGCCAUCGACUGCAGAAGAAUCGAACUCCCCCAUGCUGCUUGAUCCAGCAGCACCAGCAAGCCAAUCGGUGGAUCAGUCCGAGCCGUCACGACCAUCUCACUUGCGACAGGUCUCCAGCGCCUCUUCGUCCUUCUCUUCCGUCAUGGAAACCACUUCGAACGAUGGCACAGAUGGUCGCGCUACUGGAGAGGGUAUCACCAACUCUCUUGAGCCAAUGCUCAAUUUCCGCAGUCUCGCUGCCGUGAUUGGCGAUGAAGAGAAAGUGGACGACUCUGCGGAACAUGUUGAGCAUGCCCCUAACAAGCCACGUACAGAAGGCUCUUCCUCAAGUGCCACUCCGUCCGUCCAUCAGCCUCUCACUGAGGUGAAUCCUGAACCGGCGCCCGUCGUCGAAUCUUGUGUGGAGUCCUGUGAUGACUCCGGUGCCCUUCCCAAAGAACUUGAGACUCGCUCUGUCGAGAUCACCAGUUCCACCGUACAUCCUGAGACAACUUCGUGA